CCUCACUUUACCUCACCAGCCACCACCAUUGCCAUCCAAGAAAAGCUGGGAGAAGAAUGAGGCUUCAUGGAGCUCUUGCUCUGCUCCUGCUUCUGUGCGUCCAUGGAGCAGAGGCCGGCGGUGACGGGUUUGUGAGGGUGCAAGGCACCCGCUUCGUGCUGAACGGCAACCCGUUCUAUGCCAACGGGUUCAACGCCUACUGGCUCAUGACCCUCGGAGCCGACCCCGCCCAGAGGGGCAAGGUCACCUCGGCGCUGAGCCAGGCCGCCGGCUACGGCCUCUCCGUGGCCAGGACGUGGGCCUUCAGCGACGGCGGCAGCAGCAAUGCACUGCAGUACUACCCCAGCCACUAUAACGAGAACACCUUCCAGGGGUUGGAUUUUGUGCUAUCUGAGGCUAGGAAGUAUGGGAUUAAGGUGAUACUAAGCCUUGUGAACAGCUAUGAGAGCUUUGGAGGGAGGAAGCAGUAUGUGGAGUGGGCAAGACAGCAGGGGCAGUCCAUUGGAUCUGAUGACGAGUUCUUCACUAACUCUGUUGUCAAGGGCUUCUACAAGAACCAUGUCAAGACCGUGCUGACGAGGGUGAACACGAUCACGGGGGUGGCGUACAAGGACGACCCGACGAUCAUGGCGUGGGAGCUGAUGAACGAGCCCCGGUGCCAGUCCGACCUGUCCGGCAACACCAUCCAGUCGUGGAUCACGGAGAUGGCCGCGCACGUGAAGUCCAUCGACGGCAAACACCUGCUGGAGGCCGGCCUGGAGGGCUUCUACGGCGCGUCGUCGUCGUACCGCAGCUCGGUGAACCCGUCGGGUUACCAGGUUGGCACCGACUUCAUCGCCAACAACCAGGUGCUAGGCAUCGACUUCGCCACCGUGCACUCGUACCCGGACCAGUGGCUGCCCAGCUGGGACGACCAGUCGCAGCUGCGGUUCCUGGGCAGUUGGCUCGACGCGCACAUCGCCGACGCGGGGGGCGCGCUGGGGAAGCCGUUGCUGAUCGCCGAGUUCGGCAAGUCCCGGAAGGACCCCGGGUACAGCGGCGCCCAGCGGGACGCGCUGUUCGGCACGGUGUACUCCAAGAUCUACGACUCGGCGCGGUCCGGCGGCGCCGCAGUUGGCGGGCUGUUCUGGCAGCUACUCGCGGAGGGUAUGGACUCGUACGGGGAUGGGUACGAGGUCGUGUUCGCGCAGGCGCCGUCCACCACGGGCGUGAUCACGUCGCAGAGCCGGCGGAUGCAGGUGCUCGCCAGGGCGUUCGCGCGGGUGCGCAAGGCCGAGCGCGCGCAGCAGGCUCCAGGGAAGACAGGCAAGCGCGGCAGCUGAAGGUGACGAGCUAACAAGACGAGGGUACUUUGCAGUAAGAACGCGUGUUUUUUUGUGCGUUUCUUGUUUCCAGGGUUGGGAAAUGUGUGUGUGUGUGUCUGUGAGUCGAUGUCUCUUCGAGAUGAUUACAAGAUACGUCCGGGAGCAAAGGAGCUAUAUCCGUCAUCCUCCUCCGUGUCUAGAGGGCAUGCUUUUUAGUGUUCUUAUGCAUCACGAGAGGAGAGAAGUUAUGAUGCAAGGCUGUGGAACGCAGCCAGCGCUAGUAAGUUCGUAACUCAAUUAUUUAUA